AUGUAUCCUCAGGCACAGGGUGCGCUGAUUGAUGAAUUCAUUGCUGUUGAUAAUUUUACGAACGGUUCUGCCCAGUAUCGCUUCCUGACGCAUGCAAACGUCUUGCUCGAUGGCUUGUCGGAUCGUGAAUGGCGAACUGGUACCAUCUAUUGCUCACCGUUAACAGCCCAGCUACUGCCAGUAGUAAUUCGCAGUCAAGGAAGACCAGUACCAUGGCGUUUCCUCAAAUCACUUCAGCUAAACGUCUGGCAUCACAUGAAUGGUUUCUCGGUGAUGCUGUUGGAUGCGAAUCACAUUCCCGGCUCUGUUAUCCUGAUUCUUGAAGGGGCACGUAUCUCGGAGGGGCGCGUGUUGUUUGCUGGAAAUUGCCGUCUUGAUACUCGCUUUUAUGAGAACAGACGCAUCAUGCCGAUUUUGCAACGGAAACAGUUUGGUACGGUAUACAUGCACAACAAAAGUAGCAGCAUUCCCGAGCAUUUGGAAUAUCCCGGUCGGAACGAAUCAUUGACGCGUGCUGUUACUUUGCUGCGCGAGUUAGCCACUGGGGGUGCAAACCCGAUAGUUAUCUUGGUGCCAGAACUUGGCUUUGAAAAAUUCCUUGCUGAUGUUGCUAAGCAGUUGCAGGUACUCAAUAUGCCAUUGAAUUUAUUCGGAUUUGUUUAUUUCAUAUUUUUGCUUUGCCGGAUGAAUUCUCGGAAUAACUAA